AUGAAUAAAUUAGCGCAACUUUUUAUAGUUUUAAGUUUAUUAGCAGUCAGUAAUGCUAUAUUACAAGGUAUUAUAAAUGUUAAACAAUUCCAAUCCCUGUUAGAAGAGGGUAUUAAAAGUAAAGACAUCAGUACUUUGUACCACUCUAUCAAGGGGCUGAAACAACUUAAUGUGAAACUUCCUGACCUCUGUGAGGACAUCAAAAAUUCCAAAUAUGACAUCAAGAACAUAGAGCAUGUAUUCUAUCUGACAAAUGCUGCCGAACUAACCGGCUGUCAGAACUUCCUAUCCCCCGAAGUGCUGGGUACUCCGGCAAAGGUGCUUGAUAACAAAGAUGUAACUAUACCGGAGAUUUAUUAUGCGGUAUAUUCCUUGAAAGCUAUCGGCCGAGGCUCUGUGUACGACAGAGAGGAUGGUUUGAAAAAUUUGAUUCAAAUGCUGAAAAAGGAUGACUCUCCGGCUAACUAUGGUUAUGUAUUUGGUCUCUGCGAGCACAUGGGCUGUCAGGCUUGGACGGUAAUGCAUGCAGAAAAUGCUCUGCUGGCCGCCGAUGAAACUGAUGGAAGAGCUUUACACUUUGAAGGAGGAUUACCGGUUACGUCACUUGUAUUAAGCACUAUCAUCAGGUCAUUUAAAUCUGUGAAGAAGCCCUCGCCUUUAACUCCGGACCAGAAACACAAGUUCGGAGCUUACUUGUUGUCUCGUCGCUCGGCCUCCGCCCCACGCACUGUUGCUUCUCUUAUUGAAGCUGCAAAAAUCCUUGCCGAUGACCAGCCUACUCCCAUAUGCAUUGUCUUCAAAGACAAGAAGUACAUCACAUCAGAGACGGAUUCCAUUGAGUUCUCGGUCACGGAUUUAAUCGGUAGAGCCAUUCCUAAUCUGAAACCUGAUGAAGUAGUCGCUCAGUCUGGCACGAGGUUGGCUGAUGACGUUGUUGUUCUAUCAAAGCAGCCGCUGACACAGAAACCCAACGAACCAACGACAUUCGUUUUAAAUCUCAGCAAGAUUAAAUCCCAAUACGGUCUUUACAAGAUAUCUCUCAGUACAGGAAGCAAGUCGGCUAACUUUAACAUAGCUGUGCUCGGAGAAAUACAAGUGUCGAGUGUUGAAAUUGGAGUGGGGGAUGUAGAUGGCACCACCAGUCCUAAACUUACAACAGUUACUUACCCCAACAAGAUGGCUGAAGUACUACAAGCUGAUCACUUACAGAAAGUGAGCGUGAAGUUCUCAAUUCGUGACAAGUUCAACAAGCCGGCGCUGGUGCAGCAAGCCUUCUUACUGGUGGCUUCACUAGAGGACGAGCGAGAGGCCAUCUAUGUAGCGGAGCCCGACCACGCUAAGAACUAUAAAGUUGAACUGAAUGUGGGCGCCAUGGGCAAGCACCUGGACUACGUGUCAGGCUCAUACUCCGUGAGCGUGCUGGUCGGAGACAGCGCUGUAGCGGCGCCGCUGUCCUGGAGACUAGCUGAUGUUAAACUUAGCUUCGGAAGAGACGCUAUUGCGGAGCCCCGCGCCGCCCGUGUCCGCGGCCCGCUGCCCCCCAUCUCGCACGUGUUCCGCGCGGCCGAGCCCCGCCCGCCGCGCGUCGUGUCGGACGUGUUCUCCCUGGCGUGCGCGGCGCCCCUGCUGCUGCUCCUCAUACUGUGGGGCUCCCUCAGACUCAACUUCUCACUGUUCCCCUUCACACCAAGCGCUCUGCUGUUCCACGUUGCGCUCGGUGCGUCCCUGUCUCUAUACGGUCUCUUAUGGUUGAAGCUGAGUAUGUUCGAGACUCUCCGCUACCUGCUGCCAGUCGCUGGACUCACCUUCCUGGCCGGACAGAGGCUGCUGAGACGUCUUGCAAGAGACAAAGCGGCUCGCUAA